AUGAUUUACACAAAGCAGGAAUGGUACACACCAGCCGAAGUAUCGGUCCAUAACAGGGCAACAGAUUGCUGGGUAUCCUUAAAUGGCGAAGUUAGAGACCUGACUCAGUGGCUACAGCAACAAGUAAAACUCUGCAAGUGCCCGAAGACCUGCUCCUGUGCUGUGAAAAACUGGUACUGUGGGCAGGAGUGCGUGGAGUAUUGCUCCUGUUUUAAACGCGGAUUCUUCUACUGCGACGCGAAAAGGCUUGCGACGACAAUUCUAGCGUACGCCGGUAAGGAUGUCAGCCACUGGUUCAAAGGUGACGACUGGAUACACUACACGCACCCUAUAGUGGGGACAAGCACCCCCUUUCACGUGCACGGCCCAGGACACAGGCAGCCCGUGGUACCGUCCACUAGGUGGCGGCCCCCUUGCAGCUGUCGACCCUGGUGGUUGAAUGACGGAAACGUGGUUGGGAAGGUCACUGCGAAGACACGCCCCAUUAGAAUUACGAAUAUUUUGACUGGUACAUCAGUAACACUUGAGGUAUGCUCCGAAGAGACGCUAUACCAGAUCAUGAUGCGGUACCUCCCCCACAAUUCCCACAUGCUCUCAUACACUUGGCGGUACAUGAAUAAGCCAUUGAAUUAUGAUAAGACCCUAGAGCAAAAUGGGGUACCUGAUGAAAGGGAGGUCUUCAAUGACGUGGCGUUGCCCGAGAACCUGCAUAUACCUGAUCUACUGCUGUAUUAUAAUGAUGAUCUGACUGAAGAUCCACCGAAAGAUUGCUACUGUGAAGAUAAAGAAUGUACGAGAGGUUAA